AUGGGCAGAGCUCCAGAGGCCGUGUCUCAGCACGUGUUGAGAUGUCCUCCCAACAAGGGCGCGGGGAUCCGGGUUAUGGGCUGGGCCCAGCGACCGUGGAGAAGGACGGGACUGAAGCCCCCCGCCUCGGCAGCCCUCGGGGUGCUGCUGGCCCUGGCCCUGCUGGCCCUUGCCCGCCUGCCCCCAUCGCCAGACCACUCCGCCCACCUUCUGCCAGCAUCGUCCCCCCCAAACCCCCGGUGGGAGGUGGCCGUCCCCCUACCCAGGGGACGAGCCCACAACAAAAGGUCCCCCGAGCCCCCUGCUCGCCUAUGGCAGGACCGGCCCCCCAGCCGGGGCAGAAGGCAACGGUGGGGGCUGACCGGGGAUGCUCCCCUGUGGCUCUCCGAUGAUGACCUCCAGAAGAUGCAGCUGCUGGCCAACGGGCAGGUGGUCUCCAAAACCCGCAUCCCGGCCCAUGGGCAAGUCCUGCGAGUGGGGCUGCGGGCUGUGGGGGACGCUGAGGGGGACACCUCACCAGCCAGCCUGGAGGGGGACUGCCAGGACAGGCACUGUGGGCUCAUCAAGCGCCCUGGGGACCUCUACGAGGUGCUGGCUUUCCACCUGGACAGGGUGCUGGGACUGAACCGCAGCCUGCCUGCCGUGGCCCGGCGCUUCACCAGCCACCUCCUGCCCUACAGCUACACUGACGGCUCCCCACGGCCCAUCAUCUGGUGGGUGCCCGACCUCCAGCACCUGAAGGAUGCCAACAAUGACCAGAACUCCUGUGCCCUGGGGUGGCUGCAGUACCAGGAGAUGCUGCAGCCCUGCAGACUGACGCUGGUGGCCGGGGACGGUCCCUGCUCCAGCAUCCCGUGCGGCGAGUGGAGCCGCUUGGCCCUCUUCGACUUUCUCCUGCAGGUUCACGACCGCCUGGACCGCUACUGCUGUGGGUUUCAGCCCGAUCCCUCCGAGCCCUGCGUGGAGGAGAGACUUCACGAGAAGUGCCGAAACCCAGCGGAGCUGGUCCUGGUCCACAUCCUGGUCCGGAAGAGUGCGCCGUCCCGCCUGGUGUUCAUUGACAAUGCAGGCAGGCCACAGCACCCUGAAGAGAAGCUCAACUUCAGGCUUCUGCAAGGCAUAGACAGCUUCCCGGCGGCGGCGGUGGCCACGCUGCGGUCGGGCAGGUUGCAGAGCCUGCUGCUGGAGUCGCUGCGUGUGGACCGGGAACUCUGGGAGAGCCAGGGCGGCGCCGAAGGCCUGAGACCCCUACUUCGGACCAUCGACCGGCGGGCACGCAUCCUGCUGCGAUACAUCCAGGAGCACAACCUGACAGUGUUCGGGGACUCACCCCGCUGA